AUGGAGAAAAUUCGAAGCAUUAUACAUCAUACAACUGUUGAACGCUUGGAUGUAAUGAAAAAUAUGAAAGAUACUCAAAGCUCUGGUUCUAUCAAUUUUGCAGUUUUGGAGAACAGACUGCAAGCUCUCGCGGUUCUCAUGCUGCAUUAUUGUGCUGCUUUACAGAUAAAUGAUUCACAGAGACAUACUCUUCAGUGACAUGGAAAUGAUGAUCGCAGAAUAGUUUACCGUUUUUAUUUUCGCUCAAAGUAUGC